ACGGAGUACGGAGCAGUAGCUCACACUCGCCUGCUAGCGACGAUGCUAAGAUGACACACUCACACUAAUCCCAAGGAGUCGGUUCGUCGUAAUAGUUCAUGUACGCACAGUCGCAUCGCUCUCUCUCACGCGCAACCUAGGUAUAUAGCAUUUGCACGGCCCACUCCAGGCUUGGCUGCGCGGCGUGCACAUCUUCUGGAAAAAAGGCUGCGAGGUUAAGACACACGACACAUCCCGUGUUCUGUCCAAGGCUUUCUCCGGGUGCUGGGCUGGUGAUUUACUCUCCGACGACUGUCGCGUCUCCCCUUCGGGCAUCUCCUCUCCACUGCGUCCUCCUCGAGGCCUCGCCACUCCUUUGUAGAAUCUCCCGCCAUGAUGCUGGGGACGAGAGACGAGCUGGGCGCCAUCGGCAUGGGCGUCGCGGCGGUAGACACGAGCAUCAAGGCCCGCUACAUCCCCGUCACUGAGCUGCCGACCACGCCCAUGCAGCAGGGCGCCAUCGCCAUCAUCUUCCUGAUGACGUUUCUGGCAUUUGCCAUCUGGGGCGUCCGCGUCUACUCGCGUGUGUCGACGAAGCAGUUUGGUAUCGAUGACUGGCUUGUUACCGGCGCAAUGGCCUUUUCGUUGGCGUUGGUUGGUCCCAACUACAUGUUCUUCAAAUACGACUACGUCGGCUUCCGUACCAAGUCGCUGCCUGAGACUUACGACCUAGAGCCCGUGUUGUUCUGGAACUGGAUUAUGCAGGUCCUGUACAACCCGAUCCUCGCUUUGGUCAAGUCGUCAAUCCUCAUCUUCCUGCUUCGCCUGGGAGGCCAUCGCCGAAGCAUCCGAUGGUCGGUGUACGCGCUCAACGCGUUCAACAUUGCGCUCGGUGUUGCCAUCUUCCUCACAGUCAUCUUCCAGACCAUCCCCAUCAACGCGUACUGGGAUCUCAAAGUUGAGAAGAAGAGACAGAUCGACGGUCCCAUGUUCUACAUAUCGUCGGCCAUCGUCACCAUCUGCACCGACGUUCUCGUCCUCGUGAUUCCCUUUUGGGUUUUCCUGGGCCUGCGAAUGCGCCUCGCCGCCAAGAUCGGCUUGCUGGUGGUGUUCCUCAUGGGUGGAGUUGUCACCGUUGUUGCGAUUGUCCGUGUCAACGAACUCCGCAAGAAAUUCUACGACCUCAAUCCCAACUACGACGCGAGACACACACUCGGAGACACAUACAGUAGUAUCGAGGUCAACCUGGCCAUCAUCGCCUCGUGUGGUCCCGCACUCCGCCCCUUGUUCCGCAGAAUGUUCCCUGGUCUGUUCUCCAACAAGAGCAGCAACGACAGAGACUACAACACGCCGAGCAACUAUGGCACCGGCACUGCCAGACGACACACGAAUAUCACUGGAAACUUCCCUCUCAAGGAAAUCAACGGUGGCAAGACACACACGGAGAUCCGUGGCCAUUCACCAAAUGAGAGUGAGGAGGAGAUUAUGACAUACAACGGUAUCAUCCGGAGUACAACUGUCAACAUCAAGUACGACCAAGCGACGUUGGAAGGUGGGGACUCGACCCCAGACUUUGAGGAGCCUGUAAAGCCCCGGCACACAUAAUCAACAUUAUAUACCAUUAGAGCGAACAUUCGUUGGGAUUUUCUUUUUUUUAAGAUUAAGAUGUACGGAGCGUGUCAGGGGUAAUUGUCCCCACAUCGAUCGAUCUCAUGUUACUUCGAUGAUCGAGCUUGGCUGCAUUACAGCGACAUGGGAUGGCAAUGUAUGUAAAUUAUGACGAGUAAAAUAUUUGGGGAUACCUGUCAAUGGAUAUGACGAUACUUAAUAAUAAUUUUUCC